AGUAGUUCUGUAAUUCUGUUAAUCGAGUAAUAUUAUCGUAAACAACGUUUGAAAGGGAACGUCCCACGAGUUUCGAAGUAAUUUUCAAAACGCAAAAGACGAAAAUAAUUUGAACUUUACAAAAAGACAAACGCGUCCCUCGCUUCGCUUCCAUUACAUAUUCCAACUGUAACCAAAAAAAGAGAAAAAAAGAGAAAAAAAAAGAGAAAAAGACAGUCUCACACACACACUCAUCGAACAAUGUAUCAAGAUCGUCAAGGCGUUAUAGGCGGUGGUGGCGGAUCUACGCCGCACGGUAUCAUACUCGCCGUCGUUGUCGCAUUGGUAGUGUUCGUUCCGUUCUUCCUCGGAGACGGCGGCGAAGCCAUCACAGAAGGGAUCGCUGAGCUUCUUAGUCCGGUGGGACUUCUCUUACUCCCCAUCGUGCUUCUCCUCACCAUACAGUUCCUCUCGUCGGAGCGCGGUUCUUUCGUGUCGGCCAUUUUCUCCACCGGAGAGCCCGAGUCUAUUCACCGGGUUAGCGGAUCUCCUGUCGGCGUCGCGCUGUUCCUAGUCCUGAUCUUGUUCUUGCUUUACAACCGCUUCUCCAUCUUUGGUGGAGGUGAUGAUUCCGACGACUGAUGCGACGUCGUAUCAUCAGAUCUGUAGUUUUUAUUUAUUUAUUUUGUUUCGAAAACAAUUAAUGGAUUAAUAUAUUUUAUUCGA